GGCGGUCCUCGGCGGCGGCGCGCGGCCUGGGCUCGCGCUGGGCUCCGCGCGCCCCCGGCCCCCUCUGUGAGGCAGAGGCCGCGGCGGCCGUUAGUGCUGUCGCUCCGGGGGCCGCGGCGGGCGGGGCUCCGGCGGGGCCCGGCCUAGUCCCCACCCAGCCCGGCUCCCAGCCGCCCGCCCUCCCUCCCUUACCCCGAUGCAGGGGGCCGAGCUCCGGGACGGCGAGGCGGCGGCGGCGGCCGCUUCGUACCGGGUCCUGAGCCGCCUCCUCGGCUAUGGAGAGGCGGCCCCCGAGCCAGGCCCGCCGCCGCCGCCGCCCCCGGGCCAUGGCCCGUCGCCGCCACCCUUCCUCGCGCGGCCCGGCCCGCGGGGCGCCCGGCCCCCGCAGCUGAUGGUGUUCCGCAACGUGGGGCGGCCGCCGGAGGAGGAGGACGCGGAGGCGGCGCCGGAGCCGGGACCCUCGGAACUGCUGUGUCCCAGGCAUCGCUGUGCGCUGGAUCCCAAGGCCCUCCCGCCGGGCUUGGCGCUCGAGCGGACCUGGGGUCCGGUGUCUGGACUAGAGGCGCAGCUGGCGGCUUUGGGGCUCGGACAGCCGGCGGGGCCGGGGGUCAAGACUGCCGGCGGAGGCUGCUGCCCAUGCCCGUGCCCCCCGCAGCCGCCGCCGCCGCAGCCCCCGCCGCCUGCUGCCGCCCCGCAGGCCGGGGAGGACCCCACGGAGACGAGCGACGCGCUGCUAGUCCUAGAAGGCUUGGAAUCGGAGGCCGAGAGCCUGGAGACUAACAGCUGUUCAGAAGAGGAGCUCAGCAGCCCGGGCCGUGGAGGAGGAGGGGGUGGCCGGCUUCUGUUGCAGCCCCCGGGCCCCGAACUACCCCCGGUGCCAUUCCCGCUGCAGGACUUGGUCCCUCUAGGGCGCCUGAGCCGAGGGGAGCAGCAGCAUCAGCAACCUCCCCCACCGCCGCCGCCUCCCGGGCCCCUCCGGCCCCUCGCGGGCCCUUCUCGGAAGGGCUCCUUGAAAAUCCGUCUCAGUCGCCUGUUUCGCACGAAGAGUUGCAACGGAGGCUCGGGCGGUGGGGAUGGGACCGGCAAGAGGCCUUCUGGAGAUCUGGCAGCUUCAGCUGCGAGCCUGACGGACAUGGGAGGCUCUGCGGGCCGGGAGCUGGAUGCGGGGAGGAAACCCAGGUUGACAAGAACUCAAAGUGCCUUUUCUCCAGUCUCCUUCAGCCCCUUGUUCACAGGUGAGACAGUGUCGCUUGUGGAUGUGGACAUUUCUCAACGGGGCCUGACCUCUCCACAUCCUCCAACUCCCCCUCCUCCUCCAAGAAGAAGCCUCAGCCUCCUAGAUGAUAUCAGUGGGACGCUGCCUACAUCUGUCCUUGUGGCUCCGAUGGGGUCUUCCUUGCAGUCUUUCCCCCUACCUCCGCCUCCUCCACCCCACGCCCCAGAUGCAUUUCCCCGGAUUGCUCCCAUCCGAGCAUCGGAAUCCCUACAUAGCCAGCCCCCUCAGCACCUCCAGUGUCCCCUCUACCGGCCGGAUUCAAGCAGCUUUGCAGCCAGCCUUCGAGAGCUGGAGAAGUGUGGUUGGUAUUGGGGGCCGAUGAAUUGGGAGGACGCAGAGAUGAAGCUGAAAGGGAAGCCAGAUGGCUCUUUCCUGGUACGAGACAGCUCUGAUCCUCGCUACAUCCUGAGCCUCAGCUUCCGAUCACAGGGCAUCACCCAUCACACUAGAAUGGAGCACUAUAGAGGAACCUUCAGCUUAUGGUGCCACCCCAAGUUUGAGGAUCGCUGUCAGUCUGUGGUAGAGUUCAUCAAGAGAGCCAUCAUGCACUCCAAGAAUGGAAAAUUUCUCUAUUUCUUGAGAUCCAGGGUCCCAGGACUGCCACCAACACCAGUACAGCUACUCUAUCCAGUGUCCAGAUUCAGCAAUGUCAAGUCCCUCCAGCAUCUUUGCAGAUUCCGGAUCCGGCAACUUGUCCGAAUAGAUCAUAUCCCGGAUCUCCCACUGCCUAAACCUCUGAUCUCUUACAUUCGAAAGUUCUACUACUAUGAUCCUCAGGAAGAGGUGUACCUGUCCCUAAAGGAAGCGCAGCUCAUUUCCAAACAGAAGCAAGAGGUGGAGCCCUCCACGUAGCAGCCCUCCACAAAAGCUGCUCAACACAAAGGCGUUUUGAUUGCCAAGCUCCGGUUUGAAGAACCAAAUGAAGCUACCACAAAAGAAGAACAUGGCAGAAAAAGAAUAGAGAGGGGUGUGAUUCCGGCACAGACUUUAGCUCCCCUGCAGCUCUGGAGCUUGGAAGAAGCACACAAUCAUCCUCCAUGUGGAGCUCCCCAUUCUACCCAACCCUGUGUCAUCCCUGCCCCCCAGAACUAGAUGAGCUCCUUGGAAAACUGGAAGAAGUCUUUCACUGUUUCUUUUCAGAAGUUAUGUUUUGAUAUUUGUAUUUCUCAGUAUAGAAAACUCAGUGGAAGGCAGCUGGAGUUUAUACCCAUUGAGUUGAAAGUGGUGUUGGGAUGAGUAGGUCAGGGAAAGGGGAGGGGAGGACUGGUGCUUCAGCUGGAGCUAAAGGCAGCACUGAAGUCUUUUCCAUGAACCUGGUGGAGGGGUGGGGGGCAGAGAAGUAGAGAAGAAUGAGAUUGGUAGCUUCUGAGGAAAGGCAUCUGAUUCUCAUCUCCAGCUUCAGGAGGAGAGAAGGGUGGUGAGGAAAAGAGAAGCUGGCUGGUUCUGUUUGCUGGGGAAUAGUGAUUCCCUUACAAGCCUGGUUUCAGAAUUGCCUCUCAUGGAAUCGGUGUUCAUUUUGUUGUGCUAAAUUCCUUAAACUCAGUGACCCAAAGCAAACCCAGUUCUCCUCCCCCCUCCCCGCAAGGCAGUGGUGUUUCUUGUCACCUGGGCAGUCCAGUGCUCCAGUCCUGGGCUGCCAGGUUCUUCAUGGCAAAGCAUAUCUACAGCUGAGGAAUCCAUGUUACCCCAUCCAUCAGCUAGUUAAGAGGAAAUGUGGAGGAAGUGAGAAACAGCUAUUGUGCUUCUAAAGGAGCCUUCGUAUCUCAGCCUUAAUGGGAUUUCCAUAGUGUAGCGAGAGCAGAGUCUCACAGUCAUAUCUGUCACUGUCGUCCCACCUCUGGGAUGGGAGGUGGCAAGGGCUUCCUCAUUUUCCCACAUUCAUUCUUGUAACCCAGACACUUCGUGAGUCAGACCUCAUUGCCCUUCCUUUACUGGUGUCUGCCAGUUGCUAGUGUGAAGCUAGUGUGAAGUCGCCUGUUUUCCAGGUGGCUGUGAAAGGAGGAAAGGACUUUGGUGCUUGAGCUGUCUUUGUGUCUGAAGCUGGCCACUGCCAGUCAUAGGCUACAUAAGUAUGCUCUCCUAAAAAGUUACUCUGCAAGAAGUCACUGUCAAGAUGGACAAUGGAGCUGUUGGGUCUGUCUUAUUCUCCUGUAGUAUUCCAUGUGACAGCCUCCUGUGUUUUCUCUCUCGGCUUGUGUCUGUCUCCUAUGACAAACUAAACAUAGUCAGGUUGGAGUUCUAGAUGGCUUAGGGUAAAGCCCUGUGUCUUGGAAACUUAGAAAACUAUUUCAUCUGGAAAGUGGCCUGUGGGCUUCCUCUGUGUAGUCACCUUCCUCCGUUAGCCAAACAGAAAGGAAAUGCACUUCCUCAGUAGCUGUAAAGAAAUGAACUGUGUAUGUGUCAGUCAGCUCACUUCUGACAUGUCUUAUGGUACCCUUUUCCUCCUUGACUUCAUAUUACCAACAGCAUAACAUCAUGAUUCAGAUAUUGGCAUACCUGUGAGUUCUGGCUCUGGAGGGUACAGGUUACUCACCAUUAUACACACAAAAAGGGCCAUUCUGCAAUAGAGCCGUAAAUCUAGAAUCCAUAGAGAUGUUAAAGUGGUUAGUGUGUUGUUUGGAGGGAUUCUCUCUCCAAUUUCAGUUACCCAUAAUUUAAAAAGUAGUUUUCAUGCUGUGUUUGCAUGGCUCUGAGAUAGGUAGUGUGGAAUGACAUAAGAGGUAGAAGACAAGAUCCCUUCCCUGAACUAUAAAGUGACUGUUGCAUGUGAAGGAAUUAGAGAACAACUCAUUGCAGCAGAAGAUCAAGGACCAGCUAUCCUUUAAAGACAGUGGGUGUGAUCAGGGUAGACCAGAUAGUGUAGGAAAGCUCUGUGGUGAUACGGCUUUGGGUUGUAGGCGAGGGCAGUGUAUCAGAGCACUCAAACUAAAGUACAGAAGGAGAAGUCUGUGACAAGUGUGCAGCUGCCUUAAAUAGCAGCAUCAGAGUCCUAUUUGACCACAGCAAAGGUCUAGACUGCAGCUUUCCAGUAGCUGGACAGGUCUGAAGGCCAAGGAGGAGUGAAGGUGUGGAGGACAAAACCAGAAGUCAGCAGACACCUCUGUGGUACUGGGGUUACCAGGGGUGCAAACCAGACCUGCUAUGGAGCAUGAGCAACUCACUGUUUUUGUCCUAGGAAAGUGUCCUGCUAUACUGUGCUCGUGAUCUGCAUGUGUUUCAGACACAGUCCAACUGGUCUGAUCCUUCCUUGGUAGAAUGGGCUGUAAAAGAGCAGUGUGGAAGAUGGCUCUUUGAGGCAUGGCUUGGCACCUGGGAGGCCUUGUGUAGAAGGGAAUGGCUGGACAAUAGAAGCAGGAAACAGGCCAGAAGUCAGCAUUGGCCUUUGCCCUCUGCCCAUGCUGGGCAGUGCUAGUGGAAAUGCAGUUCACAGGGGGACUCACUCGUCUUUGGUAGUUAUGUGCCAGCCACACACCAGGAAAGGCCAUCACUUCUAGAGACCUGUUGUGAGCUUCUGAGUUGUAGUUGGGGGAGUCUCUAGUCCCUGACCCAGGCUAUGUAACCUUUAUUUGUUUAUAACUAAUUAAUUGUAACCUUCCUCAAGAUGGGUAUGUGCCAGUGUAAGCUAGUGACAACUACUACUGCAACCUGUUAUUACUUGAAAUGCAUGUCUGUGCUGGUAGCGUAGGCGUAGGGGGAGCAGGAACUUGGCUGUGGGGUCCAGCUGACCUGGCUUAAUGUUUAGGCUGAUCAUGGCCUAGUUUCCUGCUUAUGCCAAGGUGAAGUAAAUGUAGAUGACAGUGCCAGUCUCUUGAAAAAGCUUGGAAGUGUCCCAUAGUUCCUGUUUCUCCUUUCCCACUGUCUCUUAGGCUAAGCCACUGUUUGAGGCCGAGCAGGGAGUGAUGGGAUGGCUACACAUUCCCCGCUGAUACACAUCCCUUAAGGACCGAGGAAUAGUUCAGAAUACAGUCCCAGGAAGUACCCCAGGGAGCCGCCACCCUUACAGCCUUUCCCCAUGCUCCUAGAAGGGCCUGCUUGAAGCCCCUAUCCCAACGGGUAGUAGGGACAGGAGAAACUUCCCCCAAGUAAGAUAUUUUCCUUGUUGCCUCUGCUGACCUUUGAACCCAGGAGUCAGAGGUCAAGUCACUGAGAUGUAAGGAGCUGCCACAAGUUCUGGAAGUCUGCGUGAGUGUGUGUCCUCGUUUGUAGAAGUCUUGUCUGCAGUUGGGGUGUUGGGAACAUCUCCACUAGCGGGGACUAGGAUUUGUUUUCCACUUUAAGAGAAUGGCAUGCCCCCGUGUGGAGGGGAAGAGCUUUGAGUUAGACAUUUUCCCUAUGGGAAUCCUCUUGGUUUGGUUUGUGGGAAGAGGGGAGUGGAUAAAUGGUUUUUAUUUCUAGUCAUCAACACAGCUGUCCUUACACUAAAUUUGUGCUAUUGCAUACAUGUAGCCAUCUUUCUUUUCACUGCAGCAGUGUUUAUCAGUAGUUCAAAAUGAUUUAUUUGCUCCUGGGGAGUAAAAGCUUUUUUAUUAAAAAGAAAAAAAAGGAAAAAAAAAAAGGUGUGCCCCAUUAAGAUAGCUGUAGAAUUAUUGGGCCACAAGAGUCAAGUCUGCAAGUCCUGUUUUGGUAUUGGAGCCUUUGUGCUCAGUACAGUGUGCCAGGAGGCCUUCCUUGAACAAGUGGAGAACAACAUUUUGGGGAGUGAGAUGGGAUUGGAUGACUGAGGGCUCUGGGAACUCGGUACUGCAGUUGAAAACAGAGUACUGACUCUAUAGUCCGCCAGAGAAGGAAACCUUUCUUUACAUGCAGAUUUCAUGUGUCCUUGACUUUUCAUUGCUUCCUGGUGUCCUGGGUAGGCAUCACUUAGUUUUCUUUUGAUGUCCCUCUUGUCUUUCCUGUCCUUUGUCUUGUCCUUUCCCACUUCAUCUACCUCCCGGAAAGCCAAUCCUGCAUGCUGAGUUUGUGACAUGCCUUCACUCCCAUUUCAUCUUAGAGGGUUUUAGAGGGCCCCUGUGCUCCCUGCCUCCUGAUCCUCCUCACAAUGCCAAGAGGCAUCAAGGAGCAAACAAAAGCAGCCAGCUAUAGCGGGCAGACAGCAUCAUUGGAUCGCAGCUGGACUGCGAUGGCAGCUGCUUCUGGAGACAGAUAGGGAAAAUAAGACAUUUCUUCAGCCCACUUGGGUGUGACCCCUACUGUGCACACAGCUCAGUGGACAGUGGGCUGGUCUGACCACUCACUCCAUCCCUGGUGCUCCCAAGAGGGACAGGUAAGAUCCAGGCACCACUCUGGGCAGGCCAGACAUUGGGAUCCCACACUGGUGCUGCAUGGCACAGGCACUGCUGUGCAUUCUGGUGGUUUUUCAGGAACUCCAUGCUGAGGGGUGUUAUUCUGGACUCGGUGGCUAGGGGGUUCUUUGCUAGAGGGGAGCCGUACUCCUGCAACCACUCUGUCCUACUUAGCCACCCCUGCCCUCCGAGCCAAAGCGUGGCCUGGUUUUUGUCUUCCCAUUUAGUUUUCCUCCUUUAUUCUCCCUUUUUGUGCUUAAUUUAUUAAAAUAGUUGCUGUAUAAUUUAUUUUCAUAAAGUAUAAAAAAAUAACUAAAUGGUUAAAAUAGACUUGCAGGCCAAUCUUAAAUGGGUGGGGGGUUCUGGGGUGGGAUGGGGAGAGGGAAAGAUGUUUUGAUAUAAACAAAACAAAUGCACUUUGGGUGUGUUUUGGUAUUUUUCUGGGCAUAGAGGGGUGGGUGUUGGGAUGUCCCUGUAGAUUAGUUCCAGAAUGGGGUGUCUGUAAAUACUGUAUUAAUAGGCAUGUUUGACUCUUGUAAAGGGACAUUAAGUAGCUGCUGCAGGUCCUGUUGGAAACCCCGUGUAUAAUUCCCGGUUUUUGUAAGUGUCAGUGCGGGAGACAUUUGACUCUUGUGUUUGUAUCUCCUUUUUAUGAUUGCUGUACCGACCCAUGUCUUUUUGGGGAGGGAUGAAAAGAGAUUUGAAAUAAAAACGUUUAGAAAUGA